UUUCUAUACUGAGAGUGCGUAGAAGCCUGUAAUUCUAUUAACGCUUUCGUUGCUGCAGUGCCGGCAAACUACAUUAUGUCGGCCUGUCUAUCUGCUCGGGGUGCCGGACUAUGGCGGCCAGCACUGCGCAGGUUCUACCGCACUGAGCGCGGGGUCUAUGGCUACAGACCGAAGAAGAGCGAGGCUGCAGGCAGUCGUGUGAAGGAGGCAGCGGCUAGCGGUGCAGUGGAUCAUGGCCUUGCAAGACUUCUUACAGCUUACCGUGAGCAUGGUCACAAAGCUGCAAAAAUUAACCCAUUGUUUACUGGACAAGCAGUGAUGGAUAUGGUGCCAGAAAUACAGGUACUAAGCGAAAUUCUCCAUGGACCUUUUCGUACAUCAGGCUUAUUAAAUAUAGGAAAAGAGGAAGCGACGCUUGAAGAGGUUCUGGCGUACCUGGAUCACACAUAUUGUGGACAGGUUUCUGUGGAAACAAGCCAGUUACAGAACUUAGAAGAGCGGGAAUGGUUUUCCAGAAGAUUUGAAGAGUUAAAGCAUGAAACCUUUUCAACAGAAGAGAAGAAAAAUUUGGCAAAGCUGAUGCUUGAAUGCCAGGAAUUUGAUCAUUUUUUGGCUACUAAAUUUUCAACUGUAAAACGAUAUGGAGGAGAGGGCGCAGAAAGCAUGAUGGGUUUCUUCCAUGAGAUGUUUAAAGUGUGUUCUUUCAGUGGUGUCACCGAUGUGAUUAUAGGAAUGCCACACAGAGGGCGGCUUAACCUUCUCACUGGGCUUCUCCAAUUCCCACCUGAGCUAAUGUUUCGGAAAAUGCGUGGCUUAAGCGAGUUCCCAGAAACCUCCCCAGCAAUAGGCGAUGUUCUCUCCCAUUUGACUUCGACAGUUGAUUUGGAUUUUGGAUCAGAUAAGGCUCUUCAUGUCACACUGUUACCAAAUCCUUCACACUUGGAAGCAAUUAACCCGGUCGCUGUUGGCAAAGCUCGUGGAAGGCAACAAUCUUUGUCGGAAGGAGACUACUCUCCAGAUAGCUGUGCACAACCUGGUGACCAAGUUGUAUGUCUUCAGGUUCAUGGUGAUGCUUCUUUUUCUGGUCAAGGCAUCGUUGCUGAGACUUUUACGAUUUCAAGCCUACCUCAUUACCGAAUUGGAGGAAGCAUUCAUUUAAUAGUAAAUAAUCAGUUAGGGUAUACUACCCCAUCAGAUCGUGGUAGAUCUUCAUUGUAUAGCAGUGAUAUCGGCAAAAUUGUUGGUUGUGCUGUAAUUCAUGUUAAUGGAGACUGUCCGGAAGAAGUUGUGCGAGCAACACGACUAGCAGUUGAAUAUCAAAGACUUUUUAGAAAGGACGUAAUUGUGGAUUUAUUGUGCUAUCGGCAGUGGGGCCAUAAUGAGCUGGAUGAGCCCUUUUUUACUAAUCCUGGAAUGUACAAAAUUAUCCGGUCUCGAAAAAGCAUCCCAGAUGUAUAUGCUGAGAGUUUAAUAUCUGAUGGACUAUUGACCACAGAAGAAGUUGGAAAUCUAAAAACUACUUAUUACACUAAAUUAAAUGACCAUCUCGCAAAUAUGACUUUUUUCACACCGCCACCUACCAACCUUCAGGCCAACUGGAGUGAGAUGGUUGAACCAAGUGCUCGGAUAACAACAUGGGACACGGGCAUUCCUGCUGAUUUGCUGAAGUUUAUUGGGGUCAAAUCCGUAGAGGUUCCUGAUGAAAUUCAAAUGCACAGCCAUCUUCUAAAGAUGCAUGCACAGUCUAGAAUACAGAAGCUACAAGAAGGAACAAAGCUAGACUGGGCUACAGCAGAAGCUUUAGCUUUAGGUUCUUUGCUUUGUCAGGGGUUUCAUGUUCGACUAAGUGGGCAAGAUGUAGGACGUGGAACAUUCAGUCAAAGGCAUGCCAUGGUGGUUUGUCAGGAGACUAAUGAAACUUAUAUUCCUCUAAAUCACAUAACAUCUGACCAGAAAGGCUUUUUGGAGGUGAGCAAUAGUGCUUUAUCGGAGGAAGCUGUCCUUGGAUUCGAAUAUGGCAUGAGUAUAGAAAGUCCCAAGUUGCUGCCAAUUUGGGAGGCACAGUUUGGAGAUUUCUUCAAUGGAGCACAGAUAAUAUUUGACACCUUUAUUUCUGGAGGUGAGGCAAAGUGGCUUUUACAGAGUGGACUUGUCAUUCUGCUUCCACAUGGUUAUGAUGGUGCUGGUCCAGAACACUCUUCCUGCCGCAUUGAGCGAUUUUUACAGAUGUGUGACAGCACAGAAGAAGGAGUAGAUGGUGAUGCUGUAAAUAUGUGCGUUGUCCACCCCACAACUCCAGCACAGUACUUUCAUUUAUUACGUCGACAAAUGAUUCGAAAUUUCAGAAAACCUCUAAUUGUGGCCUCUCCAAAAAUGUUGCUCAGACAUCCGGUUGCUGUUUCAAGCUUUGAAGAUAUGGCACCUGGAAGUACAUUUAAGCCUGUUAUAGGAGACCCUCGUGCAGACCCCAAAAGUGUUAGCACAGUGAUUCUCUGUUCUGGGAAACAUUACUAUGCUUUGGCUAAACAGAAAGAAACACUGGCAGAACAGGGACACAAAUUUGCUAUUAUCAGAAUAGAAGAACUAUGUCCAUUUCCGUUAGAUUCACUCCAGCAUGAGUUGGGCAAAUAUUCAAAAGCUAAAGAUUUCAUUUGGAGCCAAGAGGAACCACAAAAUAUGGGUCCUUGCUCAUUUGUUGCACCAAGGUUUGAGAAACAGUUGGGACGGAAGCUACAGCUUGUAAGCAGACCUGCUCUUCCUGCACCCGCAGUGGGAAUCGGAAUGCUACACCAACAGCAACAAGAAGAAAUAAUUAGAAAAACAUUUGUACAACUAGGAUAAAGUACUUUUUCCUGCAUUCAUUUUUGGACUGUAUCCAGACAUGCUUUUGUUUUCUAAAAAUAUUUUGGCAACUGGGUGAAAUCGGCUAAUUCUGCUCUACAAGCCUUCAUUCCUCUCAGGACAGGGAUCAAAACACUAAUCAAGUUUUUACUUUGCUAAAAUCAUACAUUUUAAGCUGCUAGUGGUAAUUGAAUUCUUAAAGGGGUUGUCCACUUUUUUACUAUUGAUGAUCUACCUUCAGGAUAGGUCAUCAAUAUCAGAUCAUCGGGGGUCUGACUUCGGGCAGUCCCAUGGAUCGGCUAUUUUACGAGAAAGCAGUGCUGCCUUCUCUGCUCUGUUUACCUACUGGUCACAGAUAUUGCAGUGACGAGAAGGUGUAGUUAAAAGUAUGGUGUCCCCAUUCACAUCUAUGGGACAGUUCUGUCUAAGCGCAUAGGAAGGAGACUUCCCAUAGAAGUGAAUGGGGACGCUGUACUUGUAAUCACACCUGCUCACCACUGCAAGCAGGUAAACAGAGCAGAGAAGGCUUUCUCUUCAAACAGCUGAUCGGUGGGGGUGUCAGGA